UUUUGUUCUAUGUAGGACCUUUCAUUUUGGUGCUGAUGUCCUCCUAUGAUCUUCGCUAGGGCUUUGAACGCAACACUUUCAAUUCGCUCGUAGUCUAAACCGAACCGAACGUCAAACUCGCCAGCUGGCUAGCAUCAACAAUGCCUUCGCAGUCUAUCAUGGACCUCUCGGGCGUGAGCGCCACCACUUUGGCCACCGCCGUCUUCAGCGCUAUCGCCGCCUACGCGUGUACGCGCGUUAUUUACCUGCUGUACUUUCAUCCGCUCUCCCGUUUCCCGGGACCGCGGCUUGCCGCCGUUACCAACCUAUGGUAUGCCUACCACUGGUUAUCCGGACGGUGGCCCUGGGCGGUCGAGAAGACGCUGCACAACUAUGGCUCAGCCGUCAGAAUCGCACCCAAUGAGCUCGCCUUCUUCACGCCCCAGGCCUUCACAGACAUUUAUUCGCCGCAGCACAAGAACAUGGAGGACUUUGUCAAGACCAACUUCCAGAACCGCGGUAAAGACCUCGGCGGCCUGAUCUGGGAGGAGGACCCCGUUCGCCACCGGAACGUGGCCAGGCAGGUCGCCCCGGCCUUCAGCAGCCGCUCCUUGCGCACCUUUGAGCCCAUCAUCCACGAGUAUCUGGACUACUUCGUGGCCAGGAUGACCGAGGUCAAUCUCGACCGCAAGACCAUCAGCGUUCCACUGGUGACAUGGACAAACUGGCUAGCUAUGGAUAUGGCUGCCGACCUGGCGUGGAAUGAGAAAAUGCACCAGAUGAGAGACAUGAAAAACUCGGUGAACCUUGAUGUGUUGCUCAAUUUCAACUCAUUCGCGACCGUGCUUCAAGUGUUCAAGCGUUUCCCUUUCAUCAGACCACUUCAAUACCUGUUUGCACCCUUCGGAAAGAUUACGUUGUUCUCCCAGAUGGAGAAGGCGACGUCGGAUAGUGUGCGCCGCCGUAUCGAUCAACGAGGUCGUACGGAUCAUCCAGACUACUUUGAUCAUAUACUACCAGUAGAUGCUCCCUACCCCAAGGACCAAAAGGAGCUUCUUCAUAUCGGAUCCGUCGCAUUGCAAGUCAUGUUCGCUGGCUGGGGCCCCAUGGGAGAUCUGUUUUACGGCGUCAUUGUGCAUUUGCUCACAUAUCCCGAAACUCAUAAACUCUUGACCCAAGAGAUCAGGGAGAGUUUCUCGAAUUACAGCGACAUCAAGCCUGGACCAACGUUGACGACCCUACCUUACCUCCAUGCCUGUAUCGAAGAGACGCUGCGCAUGCUCCCAAGCAACAAUACAGGCUUGCCCCGGAUCAGCCCAGGGGCCAUGGUGGAUGGACAGUACAUACCUAAAGGUACCCACGUACAGUCUUGCAUCUGGGCUCUGGCACGUCACCCGGACUACUUCCAUGAGCCACUCCACUUCAGGCCACAACGGUGGCUCCCUGCUUCUCAUCCACUAUACGACCCAGCCUUUGCCAAUGAUCACCUUAAGAGCCUCUACCCAUUCAGCCUCGGUCCGAGAAUAUGCAUGGGUAGAGAAAUGGCAUGGACACAGGCUCGAAUGUUCUUGGCCAAAAUUCUCUGGUCGUUUGACCUGGUUGAAGUGGAGGGGCAACGAUUUGAUCUGGAAAAAAGCUUGAUUCACCAUGGCUUCUUUGAUAAGCCCGAGAUGUAUGUCAGGUUCUUCCCUGUGUCGUUAUGAAAGACAGUCGAAAUAGAGGAUAUUGUUUGUCUCGGGCGUGGUUAGGAAAGAAGGUUUCAGUUGUACAACAGUAGCAUGCAGCCGCAUUGGCUCCAGCGUAUUUCUUUCUCUAGAGGGACUCGAUCAACUCUGAAUAAACAAGACCAUGGAAAAAUAUCAUAAUGAUUAUCAGAAACAACGAACAUCAGCCUCUCAAGAAGUUUGUUCAUUGCCAUUUGACAAUCACGAUGACUCCCAUCACAGCCUCUCUUCGUGUCUCAACAUCUCUUUUCUUCCCCCAGGAUCCCUCAUCUUCUCUGAGACCAUAGUCCGUCACAAGCUCUGUCCGGAGGGGAAUGUCCCUUUCGAACCAGCAUAUCAGCCACCCGAACCCUGUGAACGAGAUGGCAGCAUACAGCACGCGCUGGAUGGCGCGACGGUAGACAGCACGGAUCUCAUCCUGGACGGCGGGCGGGAACCGGCGAACAAAGUCGGCCGAGGCGAAUUGAUAUGCGCCACCGCCACGGAGCAAGCCGGCCGCCACGGGGCUCGAGAUGGCGGCUGGGAUGGCUACGCCCCAGACGCUGCCGAUGGUGCGGACAAAGUUCCAGCUGCCCGUGGCGGCGGCCUGGUCAGACUCCGGGACUGGCGCCUGAAAGGCGGGCAGCUGGGUGUUGAGCAGCAGGCCCGCCCCCAGAGGCGCCGUGAACAUGUAGCCGACCCACUCGCCCGUGGGCGAGUGCUCGUCGAGGCGCGAGAACAGGCCGAGCCCCAGCGUGUACAGCGCAAAACCUAGCAGGUGGAUGGCCUUGUAGCGGCCCCAGCGGCUUAUGGCGGCGGACCACAAUUCCAUGUUACCCUAACCUGGAAUCUACCACUUAUAAGCCCGUACCGUCACAUGAAGGGGGCUGUGCGUGAGGGUAUCCAUUGACUUACCGAGAAGACUCGAGAGGUUUGUCCCUGGCUAGUAAUAAUAUUAAUAAACACAUUCCCAGAAUCAUACUAGAUGAUGGUUGUCGCCUCCUGUGUAACUGCCUCCGAUGGGAAGUCCUUUGCAAAGUCGUCCCACAUGACAGCCAUCUGUGCAAUGUCCCAUGAACAAGACUCGCAGUAGGAAGAUCCUCUAUUUAACGGCCCCUAUCACGGCGUAGCCAAACAAAAAUUUGACAAGCUAUAGAGGCAUCGCAAUGACGCUCUGAGAGGUGCUGCAUAUAUUCACCUAGGUACUUGGCCGCUGAUAUUCAUGGUGUUGCAUGUAUUGUCGGUGAUGCAACAAAAAAGAUGCAUCAUUGAUUCGCAGGUUGCAAAGCCAAGGAUGUCAUGGUCAUUUCUGUCGGGGCGGAUGUUAUGUGGGAUCGAACUUCGCGUGCUUGUAGCUUUGACGAGCUGGGUACAGUACCCCAGAGUGUGGUGGGUGGCACAGGAGGUUGGUUGUCCUCCACGCAGAAAUGCACAUCAGACACGCGAAGGGGGCAUUAAUAGCACAUUGCAUACGGCUCAGUACCAUCAGGCCUAGAG